UUUUCACAUCGCUUUCUCUACUGUCCGAUCAAAGAUGUAAUGUUGCUGUUGAACAAACAAGAAGUGUCAUCAGAACUACGAUAUUCACCAACAGGUCAGGCUUAUCUUGAGAACCAGGCGCUCCACUAUCUGUGUCGAAACAAAGAUCUAGAGAAUGUGUCAGUGAAGCGGUUUUACGAGCUUUACGAGGAACGACCAAUGAAGAGUGUCACAGGCGGAAGCGUCAGGCGAACUGAUGAGGAGAAAUGGCCUUUUAUGGCUGACACUAGGCAUUUCGUGCAUCCAUCAGCGAUCAAAGGAAACGACGGGGUGUUAACUGGUGAAACUUCAGCGGGAGUAAUUUUGAGGAAAGAAGAAGCAUUGGUUCGGGUUCCACAAUGGGCCUUCUCAGAUGCAGGCGGUUUUGGUGCGAAUAUCCUGACGUGUCCUACUGGCGAACUGAACCAGGCAAUGGAUACUUAUGCGGAAGUGCUAUUGGCUUUGUACUUGCCGCAUCGAUGUUUGGCUGAUUUAAAGAAGUCCGUACCCCAGACCAACUAUGCUUUCGCUGAAAGACUUCGUGAAGUGUAUGAAUACGAUGUUCUGAGAAAAGCGAAUAAGAAGAACCCGUCGUCUUCUCAGAAGGAACCUGUCAUUCAUCCAGAACAUUCAAGACACCGCUUUCAACAAACCCGAGGUAUAAGGUGA